AACAACUUAUCAGAGGGAAGCUGAAUGUAAAACUCGAAAGUUUCACCGUUCGCAACUCGUUUAGUCGAUUUACAACCUCCGAACAAUAUUGACUUCUCUUUUUUUUCUAUGUAUUGAAAAAAUUAUUCUUUUGGUUCGUUUAAUUCAAUACAUGAACAUUUUGUGCUCGUGACAGUGAAACAAUCCCUUUGUGGAUAUUAUUUCUAAUUUUUUUCAAAGAAAAAAAAUUUUCGAAAGACACUAUUUUUAAAAUCAAAAAAUGGGAUUAACCAGGAUCAGUUGGACAAUUGCUCUUCUUCUUUUGGUUGCACUUUUUCAAUGUGCAAGCGCCCUCAAGUGCUGGCAAUGCACAUCAAAUUUGAGUCCAGCGUGUGGUGAUCCCAUGAAUAAUACCGAGCACCAUGGCACAUUCCAUAUUCAAGACUGUGAUUCGACUUCACAACAUCCUUACUCCUAUGGAAGACACGUGUGCCGAAAAGUUGUUAGGAGAGUGCACGGACAACGAGAAAUUAUUCGCCAAUGCGCGGAACCGACCCCAGAAGAAAGGGACAUAACCGAUGGACCAUGCAGUCAAAUGGCACAACCCAGCUAUGUAACAGUAGAAUCCUGCCACAUUUGCAGCACAGACUUUUGCAAUUCUGCCACUUCAAUAUCGGGCAAAAGUUUCAUUUUCGCCACUCUUGGUGCUCUUCUCACAUGCUACCUUACAGUGAAAAAAGUUUCACUUUUCUAAUGACAAAA